AUGAAGUCUAAGGAUAUACGAAAAGUAGUACUGCGAAUGACUGAUGAUGGAAUGUCAUCACUACAAAUUGGUAAACAACUACGAAAGGUGGUCAGUGAGCGAACAGCCAGACGAUGGCAACAUUCAUAUAGAAGCACCAGUACAAUUGACUUGGAAACACCUGCUGGUAGACCCAGAAUUAUACGAACAAAAAAUCUUAUUCGAAAAGUCAAGAAUAGGUUUAUUUACAAAAGUCAACAAAGUGGAAGGAAACUAGCUAAUUCACUUGGUAUUUCGAAGGGGACAAUCAGUCACAUUAUUCAUGACGAUCUUCAUUUACAUGCUUAUCAUGUUACAAUUGAGCCAAAUCUAAAUUAUGAACAUGAACAACGAAGAGUAUCAUUCGCAUAUUGGGUACGAAAGUCGUUAAGAAAAAAAGAUCGAGAAAAAAUCUUAUUUACUGAUGAAAAAUACUUUGAAUUAGAUAACAUUUUCAAUCGUCAAAAUGAGCGUGUUUAUGCUCCCUGUCGACAAGAUGCCGAUGAACACAAAGGAACAAGGCCGACGGCCAAGUUUCCAAAAAGAAUUAUGGUAUGGCUUGCUGCAUCAAAGAAUGAUCUUUCACUUCCAAUUAUUUUUGAGCCCAGUGAAACAUUAACACAGGAAAAUUAUAUUGAAAUUGUUCUGCCACAUGCACAAGCUGAAGGUCAACGACUCUUAUGUGGUGAUUUUAUCUAUCAACAAGAUAAUGCAACCCCACUCAAGCACAAAGAUUCAAUAGCAUGGAUUAAGAAGAACUUUCCUAGAUUCAUUGAUGAAAAAAAAAUGACUCCCCAAUAG